AUGAAGAAAGGGAGAAAAAGACAAGAGAAUGGAACCAUUCAAGAUGGGAGGAAAAAGCUCAAGACAGAUGAAGAACAGGCAUAUGUAAUGAUUAAGUAUCCAAUAGAUGAUCUACUAGUAAGGCCCAAUGCAGAUGAUCCGGCUUUAUUUAAGAGGCCUCCUCUGGCUAUAGAUUUUAGAGUACCAAGAUGUUCUGUGGGAGAUCUCCUUAUGGUAUGGGACUUUUGCUCGUCUUUUGGGAGGGCUCUGAAUCUAUCCCCAUUUCCGCUAACAGAUCUAGAGAAUGCAAUUUGCCACAAAGAAAGCAAUGUUCUUCUCGUGGAAAUACAUGCAGCUAUGUUUCACUUGCUUAUGAAGGAUGAAGGUGACUAUUUCACUAUUCUGCAGAACAAGAAGCGGAAGUUAAAGGUAAGUUCAGUAACAUGGGCUGAGUAUCUAUGUGAUUUCUUGGAAAUGACAAAAAAUGAAGAACUAUCCACUAACAUUGCAACAGUAAGAAGGGGUUAUUAUGGUCUUAUUGACACUGAUAUAAAGCUUAAGAUCCUCCGGGAACUAGUGGAAGAAGCUAUUCAAACCUCUGCCAUUAGGGAGAUACUAAGCGACCGUGUGGACCAGAAACAAGUCCUUAAUGCAACAAAAAGAGAGAACACCAGAAAGGACAAACAAGAGCAAAAUCCGAACACUGAAAUUGCCAUGAAAAAGGAGGAGAAUCAGACAGAUGCUGUGCAAGGUGGCCAUGAGGGUGUAGAUGAGCUGGUUAGGGGAAAAGAAAAUGACAAGAGUAAUAUUUCUCGGAGUAGGACAGAAGGGAAACGACACCUGGUACGACACCUUGAGACGGAGAUAGAGAAAUUAUCCAUCUGUUCCAGCCCUCUUGGUAAAGACAAGCAGUACAAUAGGUACUGGUUUUCCAAGCGUGAAGGAAGGCUUUUUGUUGAAACUGCAGAUUCCAGAGAAUGGGGUCACUACAGCACUAAGGAAGAGCUUGAUGUGCUCAUGGGCUCAUUGAAUGUGAAACGUAUAAGGGAGAGAGCUUUGAAACGGCAACUAGAGAAGUUCUAUAGUAAGAUAAGUAAUGCCCUAGAGAAACGAUCAUAA